AUGUUUAAAGAAUACUGCCCUGAUGUGCCAACAAAAUGUGGUUUGAUGGUGGGUAUUGGUGAAACCGAAGAAGAAGUGAUUGCCCUCCUUCUAAAGAACAUGCACCAAUUGACCGUUUUGUUACACCAGAAGAAUUUGAGCGUUAUACUGCACACGGUCACAAGCUUGGUUUCAGAAAUAUCUGGGCUGCUCCAAUGGUUCGUUCAAGCUAUUUUGCAGAUCGUCAAUAUUAUGGUGAACCUGUUCCAGUGGUACGCCGUAAAGUUGAUCCUGCGAAAAAAAUUGCGGUACAAGCCAUCGAAGCUUAAGUCAUUGUUCAAAAAAAUUAAGCGUCCAAAAAGCACUCAAUAUUGA